AUGCCGCUUUUCCUGUGUAGCCACCCCUCCCUGUGUUGCCACCCUCCCAGUACGUACAACAAGGCGCUGAUCAGUGAGAAGCACGGGCGAUUCCCAGCGCCGCUGCUCAUGACCACAGUCCACUUUCUCGUGCAGGGCGGCAUCGCCUCGCUGCUGCUGCGCUGCUGCUGCCACUCCUGGCUGCCCGCCACGCCCAUCUCCUGGCGCGACUACUUCCUGCGAGUGGUACCCACGGCAGUGGCCACAUCGCUUGACAUUGCCCUCUCCAACCUCUCCCUCGCGUUCGUCACCCUCACAUUCUACAUCAUGUGCAAAUCCAGUGCAGGUGUUUUCCUCCUCCUCUUCGCCUUCCUUUUCCGGCUGGAGACGCCAAGCUUUAAGCUGCUGGGCAUCAUGCUCAUCAUCUCUGUUGGUGUGCUCUUCACAGCAUCUAUCGCCGUGCCCCUUCCUCUUGACUCACCCAGAUUGCCGGGUGCAGGCCCACAGUGCCUUCCUACUAGUGUCCCUCGACUCCCACCAACUGCAUCUCACGCCCUCCCCUCACCAGGUCUCACCAACCCACUGCUCACUCUGGAGUAUCUAGCGCCUGUGAUGGCGCUCGUGUGCAGCAUCUUCUCGCUGCUGCACGAGCCCUGGUCCGCCCUCGCCUCCUCGCCCUACUUUGACACGUGGCCUCACGCCCUCUGGAGCCUCGCCAUCAUGCCGCUAGGGGGUGUCCUCGCCUUCUGCAUGAUCAUGGCGGAGUUCCUGCUGGUGCUGGAGACCAGCGCCGUCACCUUCUCUGUCGCCGGCACCGUCAAGGAGGCCGCCACCAUCCUCGUGUCGCACAUGGUGUUUGGGGACCCCUUCACGCGCCUCAAACUGCUCGGCAUUCUCAUCAUCAUGAUCGGCGUCUCCCUCUUCAACCUCUACAAGCUGUCUCGCAACAAGGCACGUGAUUCUGAGGGCCAUCGGCUGUUCCUGUUCGCCAUCAUGUCGACCAAUGAGAGCCGAGAGCUGCCAUCGCCGCGCUUUGCCACAAGCGAUGCCAUCCAGGCCGACUCGAUCACGGCCGCGUCGCCAAAGGCGGAAUCGAGUCGGCUUAUAGCGAAUGGCGAAGACGUUAUCGUGCCGGCGGACGAGCUGGAGGAUGAUCUUGCUGAGUCAGCAUCGGCGUUUGGUGGGCGCGCGUCGCCAUGGUGCGAGCCGUGGCUGUGGUCGGUGGUUAAGGUGCUGCUGCUCGUGCUGCUCUGGUACACCUUCAGCAUGGCGCUUUCCCUGUACAACAAGGUGCUGAUCGGUGAGAAGCACGGGCGCUUCCCUGCGCCGCUGCUGAUGACCACCUUCCACUUCCUGCUGCAGGGCGGGGUCGCCUCGCUGCUGCUGCGCUGCUGCUGCCACUCCUGGCUGCCCGCCACGCCCAUCUCCUGGCGCGACUACUUCCUGCGAGUGGUACCCACGGCAGUGGCCACAUCGCUUGACAUUGCCCUCUCCAACCUCUCCCUCGCGCUCAUCACCCUCACCUUCUACACCAUGUGCAAGUCCAGCGCACCUGUCUUCCUCCUCCUCUUCGCCUUCCUCUUCCGGCUGGAGACGCCAAGCUUCAAGCUGCUGGGCAUCAUGCUCGUCAUCUCCAUCGGUGUGCUCUUCACAGUGGGGGGGGAGACGGAGUUUCAGCUUCUGGGCUUCAUUCUAGUCAUGGUCGCAGCAUUUGUGUCGGGGCUCAGAUGGGUGCUGCUGCAAGUGCUCCUGCAGGGGGAUAAACUUGGUCUCACCAACCCGCUGCUCACGCUGGCCUAUCUAGCGCCUGUGAUGGCACUCGUGUGUGGCAUCUUCUCACUGCUGCAUGAGCCCUGGUCCGCCCUCGCCUCCUCGCCCUACUUUGACACGUGGCCUCACGCCCUCUGGAGCCUCGCCAUCAUGCUCGUGGGGGGCAUCCUCGCUUUCUGCAUGAUCAUGGCGGAGUUCCUGCUGGUGCUGGAGACCAGCGCCGUCACCUUCUCUGUCGCCGGCACCGUCAAGGAGGCCGCCACCAUCCUCGUGUCGCACAUGGUGUUUGGCGACCGAUUCACGCACAUCAACCUGCUGGGCAUCCUCAUUAUCAUGCUUGGCGUCUCCCUCUUCAACCUCUACAAGCUGUCGCGCAACAAGGCACGUGAGUCUGACGGUCAUCUGGUGCACACGCUCAGCGAUGCACCCCUCCCUGACCACACGAGCAUGUCCUCCGAGCAACUGCAGCUGCUGCACCACCCCGCCUCGCCCUCCUCCUCUACUUCCCAAUCAUAUCCUCUCUCCCCCCGUGGCACCCGGGACUCCACGCACGUGCUGCUGGCCACCAGCAUGAGCCCUCGUGCCCACGCCCACACGCGCCUCACCUCCCCCCGCGCCCAGGGCAGCCCUGCGGGCAGUGCAGCGUUUGAAGUGGCUGGCAGCACCUCUGACUCGAGUGCAGUGACUCGUGCAGGUGGUGCUGAUGGCAGUGCUGAGGGCAAGGGAACGGGGCUGACAACUUAUGACGCCGUUGAGAUGGAAGCAACCUCCAAAGCGGAAAAGCAAGAGCAAGUGUAG